AUGCAGUCGAGCAGGGGUACUCUUGAGUGAGGAAGCCUCCUAUGUUAAUACCCAAGAGAGACAAUGAAUUUCCUCGCUGACUGGAUUCCUUUGACCUCCCGCAAGGAGGAGGAAAGAUUUAGCAUAGGAGUCAGCAUCAAAGAAGAGAUCAACAACUGUGUCACUGAAGACGCAUGUCUGGAUAUAAAGGAGGAACCUCUUGACUAUGCAGAUAAGGAGAGAGCUGGAGUGAGUGACGUGAAAGUGGACCCCGAAUGCCUUUUCUUCCAUGAUCUUCACGACCUCAGACAUGAAAUGAAGGCAAAGGACUCGUGUAACUUGGUCCAGGAUCAUAAUGACUUGUUAAGAGCGUCAUUUCUGGCUGAGGACUGUGGGAACAAGGCUUCAUCAGAUGGGGAUCAGGCAAGGCACAAAGAAAGCCUGAAGGAGGAUACACAACCAAAAAUGGAAGCCACAUUGAAUGGCCUAGUGUGUGAGGUAUGUGGAAAGAAAUUCUCCCGAAAGAGUCAUAUGAACAUUCAUAGGAGAGUCCAUACAAAGGAGAAGCCAUACUGCUGUGAUAUUUGCUACAAGGACUUUUCACAGAGAAGUAAUCUAGUGAGCCAUAUGAGAGUGCAUACAAAAGAGAAGCCAUACAAGUGUGAUAUUUGUAACAAGGCUUUUUCACAGAAACUUAAUCUUGUGAGCCAUAUAAGAGUACAUAAAAAGGAGAAGCCAUACAGCUGUGAGAUUUGCAAUAAAUCUUUUUCUAAGAGAGAUUAUAUUGUAACACACAUGAGAGUACAUACAAGGGAGAAGCCAUAUAACUGUACUAUUUGCAACAAGGCUUUUUCACAGAAACAUAAUCUAGUAAGCCAUAUGGGAGUACAUACACAAGAGAAGCCAUACAGCUGUGACAUUUGCAACAAGGCUUUUUCACAGAAAAUUAAUUUAGUGAAUCAUAUAAGAAUACAUAAAAGGGAGAAGCCAUACAGUUGUGAUGUUUGCAAUAAGGGUUUUCCUAAGAAAGAUCAUCUAGCAGUGCACAUGAGAGUACAUACAAAGAAGAAGCCAUACAGCUGUUAUAUUUGCAAUAAGGUCUUUUCACAUAAACAGAAUUUGGUAAGGCACAUAAGUGUACAUACAAAAAAGAAUCUAUAAAACAAAAUUGUCAUUUAGUAACAGACAUGAGAGUAAAAUCAAAAGAUAAGAUAAGUGUGAGAUUUGCAGGAAGGCCUCAAAAAAACUAAUCCGUUAAGCCACUUGAGGGUACUUAUAAAGGAGAAACUAUAUAGAUGUGACAUUUUUAAAAAGUGUUCUAAAGGUUUGCAAUAAAGCCUUUUCACACAAGAGCUUUGUGCUACACAUAAGAAUAGACAAAAAACGAGAAGUGAUGAAACUGAGAUUUCUUUAAUGAGGAUGCUAGAGUGAAUCACAUAUGAGUGCAUGUAAGUUUAAACCAUAGAGACAUUUAACCCAAUGGUGCCGGGGAAAAUGAACAAAAAAUAGGUAAAAUAUUGUGCUCACUUUCUAUGUUUUUCGUGAAAUGUCUGCCGAUAGAUGGCUCUGCUAGUGCCUGAUUUAAAUGGCGGGAAAAACGUAUUUUUCGCUAGUGCUAUGAAAAUUGAUGGUGUUAUUUUUAUCAUAAACACUGUAAUUUUUAUAAUUUUUUUUUGACAUUAGUAACAGCAAAAUAAGAUUACGUAAAAUUUUUUGUAAA